UUUAAUGACUACCGGUAAGUGCAACGUGCAGUCACAGACUAAAUACUUAAUACUGGAGAAGUGAGAAGUAACAUCAGUCAAGAUGGAAACAAAAAUCCUCUGUUGGAUAUUUUUGCUUGGAUAUUUACAUGCAUCCUCUGGACAAGACUUGGGGUCACUGAUACAUCUACGGAUGAAACUAAUUUCAUAUGGAGAGCUCAGCAAUGCAACCAUCAUUGAACUUCUUAAACAGUCCUUUAGAGACUAUCUCCCUGUUGCCCACACAGUCACAGUGACAGGCAUUCAAAGGACACCUAUGACAACAACACCCACAACAACACCACUGAACACAACUACACCCACAACAACACCUAUAACAACCAUACCUAUGAGCACAACCACACCCACAACAACACUUAUAACAACUAUACCCAUGAGCACAACCACAACCACAACAACACCUAUAACAACCAUACCAAUGAGCACAACCACAACAACACCUAUAACAACCAUACCAAUGAGCACAACUACAGCCACAACAACACCUAUAGCAACUAUACCCAUGAGCACAACCACAACUAGAACCACAACAACACCUAUAACAACCAUACCAAUGAGCACAACCACAACCACAACAACACCUAUAACAACCAUACCGAUGAGCACAACUACACCCACAACAACACCUAUAACAACCAUACCCAUGAGCACAACCACACCCACAACAACACCUAUAACAACCAUACCCAUGAGCACAACCACAACCACAACAACACCUAUAACAACCAUACCAAUGAGCACAACCACAACCACAACAACACCUAUAACAACCAUACCAAUGAGCACAACCACAACAACACCUAUAACAACCAUACCAAUGAGCACAACUACACCCACAACAACACCUAUAGCAACUAUACCCAUGAGCACAACCACAACUAGAACCACAACAACACCUAUAACAACCAUACCAAUGAGCACAACCACACCCACAACAACACCUAUAACAACCAUACCCAUGAGCACAACCACAACCACAACAGCACCUAUAACAACCAUACCAAUGAGCACAACCACAACCACAACAACACCUAUAACAACCAUACCCAUGAGCACAACCACAACAACACCUAUAACAACCAUACCAAUGAGCACAACCACAACAACACCUAUAACAACCAUACCAAUGAGCACAACUACACACACAACAACACCUAUAGCAACUAUACCCAUGAGCACAACCACAACUAGAACCACAACAACACCUAUAACAACCAUACCCAUGAGCACAACCACACCCACAACAACACCUAUAACAACCAUACCAAUGAGCACAACCACACCCACAACAACACCUAUAACAACCAUACCCAUGAGCACAACCACAACCACAACAACACCUAUAACAACCAUACCAAUGAGCACAACCACAACCACAACAACACCUAUAACAACCAUACCCAUGAGCACAACCACAACAACACCUAUAACAACCAUACCAAUGAGCACAACCACAACAACACCUAUAACAACCAUACCAAUGAGCACAACCACAACAACACCUAUAACAACCAUACCAAUGAGCACAACUACACCCACAACAACACCUAUAGCAACUAUACCCAUGAGCACAACCACAACUAGAACCACAACAACACCUAUAACAACCAUACCCAUGAGCACAACCACACCCACAACAACACCUAUAACAACCAUACCAAUGAGCACAACCACAACCACAACAACACCUAUAACAACCAUACCAAUGAGCACAACCACAACUACACUUACAACCACAACAACACCUAUAACAACCAUACCCAUGAGCACAACUACACCCACAACAACACCACUGACAACAACACCAACACCCAUAAGUACAACAACUACACCCAUAACCACAACAACACCUCCAGCUGCAAGUACCACUUCUGCAGCAGCUUCUACACCUCCGGCUGAAACCACCACACCUCCGGCUGAAACCACAACACCUCCGGCUGCAAUUACCACACCUCCAAGUACAACGACCACGCAACCAAACACCACUGCUAUAUCCCAAAUUAUCAAACCUCCAAGUACCAAAACAACACCCCCAGAAACUACAACUACACCAGACCCUGGUGAAUUUCCUCGCAUACCCUAGCAACCUUCCCCAUAGAAGUUUCAUGUGGACAGAAAUAGUCAAAAGUGAAUGUAUAAAUACAGGUUCAGAGUGAAUUGGGGGAAAUUAAUGUUCUGUCAGGUUUGACUGACUGACUACUGAGUGUGAAUCUGUUUUGUUGUGUGCCAUCAAACAUGUAUUUAUUAAGCUUAUAGAACAUGUCAUUCCAAUUCCGUUGAAAACCAGAAUAUGAAAGCCCUGAAUGUUUGUUGUAUGGGAGGUGAUAUAGAACAACACCGAGAAAUAUUUCAGUACAGAGAAAGAGGUCGAACGUAUUCUGUGUACAGGCCAACUUUUAAAAAACAGUUUAUGUUACAUGCGGCACACAUGAAUGUUUACAUGUGUGCUGUAUGUUUGUGUUUAAUAUUGUGUGAUUUUGCCUGUUUUCCUUAAUUUUGGUUAAUUUACCUGCCUUGGUAUUGAAUUGAAUAUACGUGGAAUACAUUUAAAUGUAUAAAAAUGUAUUUGUAAUUUGUGUACAUGUACAUGUAUUUUUUUAAAAAGGGUAUUUGUGAUCCUUACAUUUGUUUAUUCUUGUGCUGCAAGUCUCUACAGCAAAGUGUUUUUUAUUUUUACACAACAUCGCUGAUUUAAAUAUUUCUUUCAAAUGAUUAUUUUUGUACAAAAAUUGUUAUUGAUUUUUCUGAUCAAUAUUAGACUUUUAAAAUUAACUGUUUAGUGUGGGUUUUUUUUGUAGCAACAAUCACUUUCACUUAAAGGACCAGUGUGUAGAGUUUUGCAUCUUGUGGUGAGAUUGCAGAUUGCAACCAAUUAAAACAGCUGCUCCCUCUGUAAAUAAAAA